AAAAUUUAUUCGGUCAAUCAGCAUUUACAUCCGAAUGGGAUGAAAAUUUUGAUAAACUAGUAAAACAAUUAUUAUAUAAACACAAUAAAAAUUUUGGAAUUGAAGAAAUUAAUGCUGAAAUACUUACAGUUGUUGAGUCAGGAUGUCGA